UAAAACAACAUGUCUUCCCCCCAGAACCAAUGAAAAUCCUCGCAUCAUCCUCGUCCAGAUCACCUCCACCACCUCCAGACUGCAACGAUACAUUCCAUUGUGUUUAAUCGAUGUAUCUAACAUCCCCACGAUGCCUGAUAACCAGUCUCCAGGACGCCUAUCCCUGAUAUAUCUCCUACUGAUUCUAUCCCUGGGGAACACAGCGUCGCCCCCAGGAGUCUCCCUGAAGUCUCCCAAGUACGCCGAGAAAACCCUCGCCGAGGAGGAAAUAUGCCAUCCCAUAUCAGGUGUUUCGAGGAACGCCCUCAGGCUCAACAAAGCCCCAAAUUCAGGCCUCAUCAUCACCCCAGCACACGUAUUCGAUAGUUGGACUCAUCGAACCAACGAUUUACGAUGUAGGUUCACGACAAAAGCGCCCAAAGGUGAACAUUUAUUCGCUGUUAUACAGACAAUAUCGUUCAGGCGAAACGACAGUGGCUGCAUUGACUACGUCAAAUUCAAGAGGAAAGGCAAAAAUUCUACCGACGAGUUCUGUGAAAAUUUUGAUAGAAGAACGUUGAGACAUUUGUUGGAGUACUCAGAGGACUACAGCGGCUUUACAAAUAAAAAUUUGUCGUACUCAUUCGGUGAGUUUGAUUCUCAGGGAGAAAUUGAGACCACAAUAUUUGUAUCGAAGGAACCGUUGAAGGAGAAUGAACAUCUGAAUCUGACUAUUGUCUACACACCUGCCAAGGACUGCGAGAAGACUGAUUGGACGCAAUACAGGACAACGGGGUACGACGUCUGCCUCUGGAGGGACUACUUCUGCGAUGGCUACACCAACUGCUUCGCUGGUAUGUGCGUUGAUGAAGAUCCCUGCCCCGACGAGAUAACGAGCAAUGGGACAGGGACAAAAGUGACUAUCGGGGCAGUCACAACAAUUCUCUUGUUAUUCCUUGUCUUCUUGAUGGGCUUGUGGAUAUGCAGGCGACAGAAGAAGUUGUGUUGGUCAUCAGACUGUGCGGGACCCAGUUCUCAGGACAGACCACCUGCAGACAGGGAAUCCGCGGGAUCUAAUCUUCAGGCUGUGGGACUCACCCCGAUGCUUGAAAUUGCAGUUUUGCCUUCACCGUUGGAUAAGGAUCUGCCUCCUAGUUAUGACUCGCUGUUUCCGGAUCAGGCGAAUCGAGCUACUUGAUGGGGGGAUCAAAUGGUGGGUUAUUUAAUGUUUUAAUUAGAUAACGAUUAUGAUUCUUUCCACAUUUGGAGAGUGGAGGUGAAGAAAUUAUUGAUAAUUUUUCGUGGUUAAUUUUCGGAAUUAUGGAUUUUAUUCGUAACUAGCGAAUAAUAUUUCAUUUCUGCUUGACUUGUUUCACAAUUGACGGAAAAUUUUCUUCGUGCAGAGGAAAAUAAAUUUCCUCGAUUCUAUAAAAUUCGUGGAAUUCGUCAGUGACAGUAGAAUUCUAUGGAAAUAUUUUUGCAGAAGACUGUCUAAAAUUCAAAAUUUAAAAUAGUCUGCAAAUAAAUUUAAUUUAUAAAAAUUUGAGAUUGCGAUUGACUUCACAAACUCGAAAGAUGUAGAAAUGUAAACCAAUGUGUUUCAAUUGAUCGACUUCUCGUUCUCGAUAUUUUUCAUAAUUGAAAUAAUGUUUUUCUUAUUAAUUUUUGUUUUUUAUUGAACUCUCGAACAUAUGUCUCAUUUGUUUUUUCAUAUCGAUUAAAUCGAUAACAGGAUCAUUAGUAAUCCAAAUCUAUUCAUCAGAAUCUCAUCAAUUCUCCAUCAAGUUGAAUUCCGAUUAUGUUCAUCAUUUCACUGUCGAUUUUUUGUAACAAAUUACUCUGAAAUUAUAUUUAAAAGGCGAAAAAUUUACUCGAGAGAAUUCGAAAGGCCAUAAAAAAUAUUUCUCAGACUAAAAAAAAUUUGUUUUAGUAUCAUCUGCCUGGUCAAUUUUCCCGCGAAUGUCUGCGAGUAUCACAAUAAAUUCUGCGAUAAAAAUACAUAAUAUUAAUAUGAAAUAAUUCUAACGUGUAAGCACAGAUUACAAAUGCACUAGUUUUUCAAACUGACGAUGAAAUUGAGAUGACGUUUCCAAUUUUUCGAACAUUCCAAAGUACUUUUUCUAUCGUAUAUGACGUAUUUUCCAUUGGUGAACCAAAUUAUAUAUGUGAUACAAUCUGUAACAAUCGUUUUUAAUACAGACUUAGGUUAAUUUUAUAAUAAAUGCAAUACUCAAUAGGAAAAUCUUAAUAAUUAUAAUGAUCAGCAUUUUCAUACUGCAUUGUAGAGUAUCCACAAAGAGUUGAAUGCAAUUUAGUGAUUCUUAGGAGAAAUGAUAAUACAAUUUACGUUAAUCAUUUUUAACUUAAGGAUGAAAUGAUAAAAUGAUGUAGGACUGUUGAAUCCUAGACAUCUUGCCUUUUUAAACGCAAUUAUCCCAAUAAAGCGGCAUUCUGUGAGGACCGGAGUUUCCUCCGAGCAUUUCUCUUUCAUUUUUUAUAUUUAAAAAAAUAAUGAUAAAUGAACAAGUCAUGGACGACUAGAAAAAUCUAACUCAUGAGGUGACUUCGUCAUUUGAUUUUGAGUAAAAAAAAACGGUAUCUGAUAUUUUUUAUCAGUUUUCUUCAUUAAAAAAUUGUUCAACAGCUCAAUUUAACUGAAGGAACAGAAUAAAUUUGACGGAGAAACGCACAAUUACCAAAAUAAUUCGAGUUCGAUAUAUUCCUCUUUAUCUCUUCAUUCUUCAGUACUAAUAUCACAGAUGUUUAUAUUAUUUAUAAUCGGUAAAACGAACAGCGAUACGAAUUUAAACCUAAUACUAAGUGCCAAUAAGUGUAACAACGCUCAUGGGUGUGUGUAAUUAACUGAUUAACGAAUCGCGAGGUUUUUUUUUAACGAAUAAAGCAAUAACAAAAUGAUUCGUCAUUUGUUGUAAAUACAUUUAUAUUUAAAUGCAUUUUAUUACAAACGUGGUAAUUCAAGGUAAUUUGUAGUAGAGUUGAUUAUGUAUUCUUAAGAAAUUGUAAUAAAAAACACAUUUAAUAACAACAA